CAGCGAUACGUGAGGACGGCCGUCGCGACGCGCGGCGACGAUAUGCGGCAACGUUGCACGCGGAUGCUGCCGGCGUCCAUCGUCGUCCCGCCCGAGUCAUGGAGCUACCUAGGAUCGCGUCCCAAUCUUCCAUAUGCCCCCAGGCGAUGCCGCCCGGUAUCAGGCUGCUGACGCAGCCAUGCGGCAGACCCAAGACGCCCGUCUCCAAGAGGUUGCUCAGCACGUCCAUUCAGCAACAGCAACAGCAGCAGCAGGAACCGCAGAUCCCGACGCUGCCCUGCGCCCCCCAAUACCGGCCGAGUCGUAGGCGCGAAGAAGCCCAGGUGCUCCAGAACCUGAGGCGCAAGUUUAACGCCGCCAAAAUAGUGCAGGCCAACAGGCCGGAACCGGUCGAGGCAGCCGCGUCCACCGCUAACAACAACGUCACCCCGGAGGAGAUCGACGACAGACCUAAUUUGUUCCAAAAGAUACUGCUAAACCGGCCCGUCAGUAUGAUCCUCGACCUAUCGGAGAUCAGGACAGCCUGGCAGGACAGCGAUUUCAUCACCGACUGUUUGUGCUGGCACAACGUCUACAGGCAACGUCACAACUCUCCGCCGCUGACGAUGUCUCCGGAGUUGUGCCACUUAGCGCAGACGUGGGCCAAUCAUCUCGCACACACCAACAAGUUUUACUAUCGCAACGACAGGGACAUCGGACAGAACCUGUUCUGUAGGGCUACGAACGUCAUAGUGACGGACGUGUCGGGCCAGGAGGUCACCACGUAUUGGUACGCCGCGGUCAAGCAGUACGACUUCGGUAACGAACCCGACCGGCUAAAGGCCAACGUGAACGCUGGCCACUUCACGCAGCUCGUGUGGCGCAGAAGCAGCUACCUCGGAGUGGGCAAAGCGCGCUCGAGGUCGGGCAAGAUCGUGGUUGUGGCUCAUUACGCGCCGGCCGGGAAUGUACCCGGAGCAUACCUUCAAAACGUUUUCCCUCCAUGCGAGGAGCUUCCCCGGGUACCCGCCCCGCGGCGGUAUAUCGCGUCGGGGAGCAGCACGGCCAGCGAGUCGAGCAGGAGUACUACCGCCAGUACCUAGACGACUUUUAUAGGGUAAAUUUUGUUACAUAGAACGCCUAGACGCAGCAAAGGAAAGGG